GUGGCGCGCGAGUAGGAAGUGGUGAUUCCUGGAAUAGAGAUGGCCGCGCUUGCUCCGCUGCCCCCACUACCCCCCCAGUUUAAGAGCAUACAGCAUCAUCUGAGGACGGCUCAGGAACAUGACAAGCGGGACCCUGUGGUGGCUUAUUACUGUCGUUUAUAUGCAAUGCAAACUGGAAUGAAGAUUGAUAGUAAAACUCCUGACUGUCGUAAAUUUUUAUCAAAGCUAAUGGAUCAGUUAGAAGCUCUUAAGAAACACUUGUGUGAUAAUGAAGCUAUUACUCAAGAAAUAGUUGGUUCUGCCCAUUUGGAGAAUUAUGCUUUGAAAAUGUUUUUGUAUGCAGAUAAUGAAGACCGUGCUGGACGAUUUCACAAAAACAUGAUCAAGUCCUUCUAUACUGCAAGUCUUUUAAUAGAUGUUAUAACAGUGUUUGGAGAACUCACUGAUGAAAAUGUGAAACACAGGAAGUAUGCAAGGUGGAAGGCAACAUAUAUCCAUAAUUGUUUAAAGAAUGGAGAGACUCCUCAAGCAGGGCCUGUUGGAAUUGAAGAAGAUAAUGAUGUUGAAGAAAAUGAAGAUGCUGGAGCAACAUCCCUGCCGACUCAGCCACCUCAGCCAUCAUCUUCGACUUACGACCCAAGCAGCAUGCCAUCCGGCAGCUUCUCUGGCAUACAGAUUCCUCCCGGCGCGCACGCUCCAGCUAAUACACCAGCAGAAGUGCCUCACAGCACAGGUGUAGCAAGUAAUACUAUCCAACCUACUCCACAGACUAUUCCAGCUAUUGAUCCUGAACUUUUCAGUACAGUCUCCCACGGCGAUAUCCGUCUAACACCAGAGGACUUUGCUAGAGCCCAGAAAUACUGCAAAUAUGCUGGCAGUGCUUUGCAAUACGAAGAUGUCAGCACUGCUGUGCAGAAUCUACAGAAGGCCCUCAAGUUACUAACUACAGGCAGAGAAUGAAGCCUUUGUACAGUAGAUCCAUGCAUUUUUGGCUUAAAGAACUAACAGUCCAUUACUCUAUCUUCAGCCUAUCAGGAGCACAGUUUUAAGGAAGACUUCAGUUGCAUUGACUAUAACAAUGAAAUCUGUGUCUGUGUAUCAGAUUCUUGUUGAAGCAUUCAGCAGCAGCCUCAACCAGUUUUCAUUGUCCAUUUAGUGGAUCCAGUAAUCUCCGGGUAUACAGGGCUGAUGUGAGCAAAAUCCCCACUGAAUCCUGCUUCAGAAAUCGAAAACACACUUCAAUAAAAUGUAUUGGGGUUCACAUUGUAUCUUAAUAUACAUAAAUUAAGGAUUUUUUAAUCAUAAUUUGGACACACAGACUAUAUUAUUUUGCUAUAAAAUUCUAAAUUUAACUUUUAAUAAAAAUUGCCAGAAUAUGCUAGAGAUCAUGUUUUUGUUUUCCUCUGGAUUUAUAAAACAAAUAUGAACAUCAUAAACUGUUUAAGUCUGAAAGGGAUUAUGUUCAAAAUUAAAUUUAUGUUCAUGUUUAAUAUCACUACAUUAAAAGUUAAAAUUUUUAUGGAAGAAAAGACAAGGUAAAGAAAAGACACUGCUAAGUGAUUCUUAAAUCACUUAGAUUUAAGAAUAAUGUUGGUUUCCCAACUGCUUUCCCUUCUCCAUUGAAGCUUAAAGUGAAUUGGUAUUUAUUCAUUGGCAGUUUGACUGCAUGUACUAGGGAAUGAAAAAAAGACAUUUGUAGUAAUGCCUGGAAAUUUGGUGCUUAAAGUUAAGGUUCUCUGCUGCUAUGGAAUGGAUUUCAUACAGUGUAUAGCUGGGAGCAAUGCAGAAGAUUAUAAGAAUUUAGACUCUCAGUUGUUAAGUUUAUAAGUUUUGUGGGAAAUUAUGGACUUACUGUGUGUCACCUGCAUUUGUGCUGUGCAAAAAAUAAAUACAAGGAUUCUUUUAACUUGUUCAGCCUAUUACAGAGCCAAAUGUGUUUUAAUUUGCGUGCUAGAGUUUGUCAUUAUUUAAGUCAUUAUGUUUAGUACAGGAAUAUGGAUAUUUCUGUAGGAAAAAAACAGUUUUUAAAAGGAAAGAGGUAAAUUUGCCAAAUUGACCUGAAAUUUAUCUGGCCCAUUUCGUUCAUCCCGUUAAGAUUGGAGUCAUUUAACAUAGGGGUCCACAAACUAUGUAUAGUCAGUGGGCAGACCACCUGUUGUGUAAAUAAAGUUUUAUUGAAAAAAACCCAUACCCAUCAUUUAUGUUUAAUCUGUGUUUGCUUUCCCUGACUGCAGAAUUAGAUGGCCUGCAAGUCUAAAAUAUUUACUGUUUGGCCCCUUAAGAAAAAGUUUGCUGACCCCUGUUUUAACAGUCUCUUUGAAAGAAAGUGGAUCAUUAACUCAUAAUCAUUUGUCUUUUAAUUUUUCUUUGCCUAAGUGUAAUGCUAUUGCAUAGGGUUUGAUAGAAUGAACAUUCAGACAAUAAACUAUUCUAAGGUGUUGAAAAUACAAGCCCCACAAACCAUGCCUCCUGAAAAAUGUGUUCAUAUCUUUCACAACUAAAUUCUUAUAACAUCUGUAGAGUUCAACAUUUGCAUCUAAAACUAUAGUGCUCUGAUGCAUUCCUCUAGACCUUUAUUGUAGUAGGAGAGAGUCUAGGAUAAUCUUUAUUUAGUGUGUUACAAGAGGUAAAUAAAUCCAGUAAAUUUUAAUUCAGAUCUUAACAUGUCUGGACACUAGAAAGAAAACUGUCACCUAUGUUACACCCUACUUUGUUGCUCCCAAUUGGGGGAGCACAUUGAGGGGAGAAGAUAAUGUGGAAACCCUGGAGUUCACUGAUAAGUGGGCUUACCUAUAAAAUGGAAGUAACAUCGCUAGCUUCCUCAGAAUGUUAUGAGAUACUUUACAUGAAGUGCUCAGCAGUUGGUAGCAGACCACAAAUGUUUAUUGUUAUUAACCUUAAUGUUAAGAUAAUAAUGUCUGUUGUUAAUAAUUUAUUUCCCAUAUAUCAGGAAAUCCCAGCUGUCUCUGUCUUAAUGCUUUAAAAUGGUUUCUUGCCUGAGAGGAUUAAACUAUAAGUACUUUUAGCUUUGUAUUUCUUCAUAUGGAAUCUGGCAAGAUAAAGUUAGAAAUUUUUUGAUGUAACACUAGGAUAAGCGAUUUUAAUUUAGUCAUUCAACAUGUAUUUUGAGCAGCUACUAUGUACCUGGUAUUGUCCUUUGCAUGAGAAAACAGCAGAAAAUAAAAAAUUCCUGCCUCA